CGAGGAACGAGGAACGAAUCUUAAUCCUGAUUAACUCUGCCAACCACACGAUCAUGCUUCCAUUAUUAGUGACAGGACCUAUUGCAAGACGAAAGCUCUGCAUCGCGGCUGUAUUAAGCUUAAAUACAUCCAUGCACACCCUAGCCUGAGCCGAAUCAGCCCCAGCAUCAGCCCCAGCAACGCAACCGAUUCUCAAGCCAUGGACAACUGCACCAGCGUCACUCCAGCCUGCCCUGUCUCGGCCACAACAUUGGGCUACCAUCUCCACCGAGGCGGCAACAUUUUUCUGCUGCUCGUCUUCGCCAUCUGCGCUCUGGCCCAGAUCUACCUGGGCUUCCGCUACCGAGUGCGCCUCUACUCCGCCCUAGUCUUUCUGGGAUGUGCAGGCGAGGUGAUCGGCUAUAUCGGCCGCCUCAUGCUCCACGCCAACCCCUGGAACAACGGAGGCUUCAUCAUCCAGACCCUCUUACUCAUUGUCUCCCCUUCCUUCCUCGCCGCCGCGCUCUACCUCACCGUCAAGACCAUCCUAGCUGGUGGCGGGCUCCAGGCGACCGCGGCGAACGGCAAGGGGUCAGAGAGCACGGUACGCGUGGGGACGAACAUCAUGAUCGCCGAUAUUGCCUUCCAGGCGGCCACGAUGGCGGUGUGUAGGGUGUUGACGAUCGAUUAUACCCGGAAAGUGUAUCUGCAUCGGAGACAGCAGGCCAGUUCUACCCCUCUCUCAUGGAUUUCGCUAACAUUGAUCAGAAUACCCGAGAUGGCAGGCGGAUGGGGAGACCCAAUGAUGCAAGAUGAGACCAAGUUUAUGGUUCUGGAAGGGACGGUUGGGAUCAGUAUGGUGGCUAUUGGUUCGAUUCUAAUGACCCUUGCGUUUCCGGGAGUCUUUCUUCCUGCGAUCAGCAGUCGCCAUGCUCGUGGUCAGCAUCAAAAGACUGGCAGCCGAGAUACGGAGGAGGGAUUGGAGCUGACCAAGGGCGCGGAUGGCAGGAGUUGGUAG